AUGUCGGGCUUUCUGGACUCAAUGAAACAGGAUUCAAGCUCAUCUUCGUAUUCAUUGUUUGGACAAACACAGUAUCCCGAGAGCGUUGCAUUCUGGCACGAUCCAUCCGCGGCACAGACGAUCUUAGUGCCCCCGUCAUAUACAACCCCCCAGAAACAAGCUCUGUUCCAACCUCUCUCGGACCAGAAGAAGCAUAAGCGCACCCGGAGCGGCUGCUUUACCUGCCGUUCGCGCCGGAUCAAGUGCGACGAGAACCGUCCACUAUGUGAACGGUGUAGGAAAGGGAGCCGCGAUUGUGUCUAUCCCUCACCCACGUCAUCCUCGUCCGCAUCCUCCAAGGCUAGCUCACGCAAUACAGCUAAGUCGCGCGCUGGUCGCCCGCAGUCUCGCGGCAGCGAUUCAUCUGCGAAGGUAGACUCCGAGACUCUUAGCCCAUUGCAGCCCAUCAUCGACGAAGAGGAACCCGACAGUGCCGUAUCCAAAUCCCGACCGUCGCCAGCAAGCGCCACAACCACAUCACAACCGGAUCUGCGUAAGAGUCAAAGUGCACAAUCGCUUCAGAAUCACAAUGCAAGGGCCACGUCCGACGCUAGUCCUUACAUCAAAGAACAGAGUAGUUCGCCAUCGACUGAAUCACCGCGCUUUGAGUCGAUGAGCGUGCGCUCGGGCAGCCUUGGACAUUCCACAACAGAAUUGCUCAACAAUGCGCGCUUACCGGACGAUUUGCAAUUUUAUUUAAAUUUCCACCAGGAUUUUAUGACUCCUCCACAUUUCUUCUUGAGACAGGGUUCCUCCAAUUUCAUCCAUCACGGCCUUAUUGAACUUGCCUUGCAAUAUGAGCCUCUCCUCUACUCCCUGGUGGCCUUUUCGGCCUACCAUCAUUGUUUACACAGCCCUGGGGGAAAGCUCUAUACAUUUUUGAAAUACUAUAAUAAAGCAUUGGUUCUCCUCCGGAAAUCAUUGGGUUCUGGAGAGGAGCACAGUGAGGCUACACUGUGUACCGUCCUUGUCCUGACAACAUUCGAGGUGUGUUCCCUCCCCCCCCCCGGUGACUACUGCGCCGACCUUUUUCUAACUUUGGUGCACUCACAGGAAUACAUUGGAGAUUGGAUGAACCUGAUUGAUCACCACCAGGCAGCACAUGCAUUUAUGCUAGAGCUAAUAACACCGGAGUCUGCCAACGUGAACGAGCUACACACCAAUAUCUUCUUAUGGUACUCGCGCUUCGAUGUGAUCGUGGGGAUUUUGGCCGGGACCGAAACAGUUCUCGGUCGAGAUUGGUACCUUGCAAAGGAGCAGUAUGAUGCUGAGCAAGCUGCUAUCUAUCCGGAUGAUCCAUCUAAACAACUCGCCCAUGUGGCAUCAAUCAAUCGACGCUUCGGCUUGGAUAUGGCUUCCCUUUAUGCGAAGUUAUCUCGCGGAAUGAUAUCAAUGGAACAAUUCGCCAUCCAGAACGAACACCUUGGCCAAUGGCUUGAGCAGGCCAAGAUGAUUCUCAGGACAUUCGAUAACUACGAAUACAAAGUGCAACACUACCCACAGAAGCAACCCUUGACCGAAGAUGACGUUGUCGAUCCAUACGUGCCAGGUAUCUUGUAUCGAGGUCCCUUGUGGGAUAUCAAUUAUGCUUGGAUCGACAUUCUCGCCACCGAGACAAUGUACAAGUUCCAGACCAUGCAAGUCCUGCAACAGCCUUUGCUUCAGGAUUUGCAUGAAUUGUCCAAGGAGCAGUGUCGUCUAAUCGAGACAAUGAUUCGUUGGCCCUACAAGGAAACCGGAUAUUGCCUCAAUUUUAAAAACAGCAUCGGCAUGAUAGGCAUGUUUCUUCCCAGAGAGCAUAAGUAUCAAAUGUGGGCCCGUCGCAGAUUAGCGUUGUUAGAGCAACAUGGGUACAUCAUCGUCCCUAGUUUCCGCACCGGGCUCGCUACCAUCUGGCAAGUCCCAGAGGUCAACCAUUGGUGGCUCCCUAAUGAUGAAGGGUAUACAAGCAUUGUCCGCGAAAUUCGUUCCUUGACCGAGGAACGCUCAUCGCAGACACGCGAUGAGAAGCGCGAAGCUGUUCGUGAUAUGAAGUCUAUGUUCGGGAAGUUGAAUCUCGAUGAAACCGACGACGACAAGAGCCCUUUAUAG